CACUCCACCAACCCAACCCAACCCAAAAGAAACCAAGGGCCUCACUCAAACUCAUCCACUUUCAUUUGAAAAGAAAGAGAAUACGAUAAGGAAUGUGUCAGAGGAGGAUACAAUGCACUAUAGAGAAGGUGGGGAAUGGUGCAGAGAUAAUGCAUAUGCUGAUAGCAAGGUGCCCCGUGGUGCUUUAAUUUUUAUAAACACAUAA